AUGUCCACUCAGACCCAUUCCAUGUCUUACCUCAUACAGGACUUUUCUCAGGUUUUUUUUUUUUCCUUUUCCAGAAAGAAAAAAGACCAGGACCCAAAACCAGCAACACAUCACACGACAAAUCACCAAGGGGGGAAAGAAACAAGAGGGGGAAACCGAGAAAAAGACAUGUUCACAGUGUCACACCCUUCACCGCAUGAGGCGGCGCGAAUCGCCUCAAUCCACAUCUCCUCAAUGUCGUCGAACCCGCUACUGCAUCUGCAAUUCCCCACCCCUGCCAGCCUCGCAGACCUCCACGACCAUCUCGCCAAAGACACCCUCCGCCACCUCGCAGCAUCGCGGGUCCUCGUCGCCCGCAGCAGCAGCAGCGACGGCGUCGGCUGUGACAGCGCACCAUCAUCAGAGGCAGGCGGCACCAUCGCUUCGUUUGUGAAAUGGGACGUCGUCGGAGUGUCCACCACACUCGGCUCGCGACGCUUAGAAGCGGGUGAGUCUCGUCAUACAGGAGAACACCAAGGGCACGAAGACGAAGAGGAGGAGGAGGAGGAGGGCGACGAAGACGAGGAGUGGCCCGAAUCGGCGAACCAAGAAUACCUCACCGCCUACUCAUCCGCAGCGUCAACCGCUCGUCGGGAAGCAAUUGGCUCCCGGCCAUUCGUCCGUGAGUGA